CUUGGAACAUCUUGUCCAACUUGAUUUUAUAUAUGAUGAAACUGAGACCAGGAAGGGAAAUGACUUGCUUAAAAUAACAAAGAUGUAGAUCUUCAGUCAUCUGAGUCCAAAUCUAGAGUUUUCUCUAUCACAGAAUGAGAAGCAACUAUCUCCAUUUUGUCAAUUUCUCACAUAUUUUUCCUUGCAGAUAUAUCAGGUGCAUGGGACCAGAAAACCAAACAAGUGUGUCAGAAUUCCUCCUUCUGGGACUUUCUGAGUUCCCAGAGCAGCACCUUCUCCUCUUUGAGCUCUUCCUCAGCAUGUACAUAGUCACUGUGGUUGGUAGUCUUCUCACCACACUGGCCAUUGGCUCUGAUUCCCAUCUCUAUACUCCCAUGUACUUCUUUCUCUCCAAUCUUUCCAUGGUGGAUGUGUGUCUAGUUACUACCUUGGUCCCCAAGAUGCUGGUGAAUCUUCUAACACACAAUAAGGCCAUCUCAUAUGCUCAAUGUUUUGCUCAAAUGUACUUCUUCAUGACUUUUGUUUCCACAGACAAUUUACUCCUCACUGCAAUGGCUUAUGACCGCUUUCUGGCCAUCUGUCACCCUCUACACUAUGUCACAAUAAUGAGUCCACAGAUUUGUGGUCUCCUGGUUCUGAUGUCAUGGACUAUUAGUUUUCUAAGUUCCAUCCUUCAAAUUCUAAUGGUAAUGCAGCUGUCCUUAUGUACAGAACAUGAGAUUUCCCACUUUUUCUGCGAUCUAUGUGAGGUUAUAAAACUCUCUUGUUCAGAUACCUUCAUUAAUACCAUAUUGGCAUAUUUUGUAACUGGUGUACUAGGUAUUCUCCCAUUUGCAGGAAUUCUUUUCUCUUAUAGUCAGCUCUGUUCCUCAAUAUUGAGAGUACCAUCACCUGGGAGAAAAUAUAAAGCCUUUUCUACUUGGGGAUCUCAUCUCUCUGUUGUUUCAUUAUUCUAUGCCACAGGACUUGGAGUGUAUCUGAGUUCUUCAGUUAUUCACUCCUCCUGGAAGAUCUUAGUUGCUUUGAUGAUGCACUCUGUAGUCACUCCCAUGCUGAACCCCUUCAUCUAUAGUUUAAGGAACAAGGACAUAAAGGAAGCCCUUAGGAGGUUCAUUAGCAGAACAGCUUCUUCUCAAUAA